AUGGCCGAAGGACUGCACCGCCGUGGCACCGUUCUUCCUGUGCCUGGCAAGCGGAAUAUACUCAUCACCAGUGCUCUGCCGUUCGUGAACAACGUCCCCCACCUUGGGAAUAUCAUAGGAUGUGUGCUUUCAGGAGAUGCCUUCGCAAGGUACUGUAGAGGACGCGGCAUCAAUACUCUAUACGUUGGUGGGACGGACGAGUACGGAACCACAACAGAGGCAAAAGCUCUUGUGGACAAGUGCACGCCCCAGGAGCUCUGUGAUAAAUACCACGCGAUUCACGCAGAGAUAUAUAAGUGGUUCAAUAUUAGCUUCGACAUCUUUGGCCGCACUACAACACAACUUCAGACAGAUAUUACACAGGACAUCUUCUUGAAGCUAAAGCAGAAUGGUUUUUUAACGGAGCGCAUGACAACCCAGCUGUACUGUCAGGAACACCACUCGUUCCUUGCAGAUCGCUUCGUGGAAGGCGAGUGCCCGGUCUGUGGCUACACAGAUGCUCGUGGCGACCAAUGCGAUCUCUGCGGUCAACUCCUAGAGUCCCUACAGCUCAAGUAUCCUCGAUGCAAAAUCGAUGGCUCCAAACCCAUCACCAAGGACACCAAACAUAUUUUCUUAGAAUUAGAUAAGUUGCAACCUAAUAUCGAAUCAUUCUUUAGAGACUCCGCCGCAGCCGGUGUAUGGUCGAACAAUGGCACGGUCAUCACUUCGGCUUGGUUGAAAGAAGGACUAAAGCCACGCAGUAUAACCAGAGAUAUCAAUUGGGGAACACGGGUCCCAUUGCCGGGAUACGAAGAGAAGGUCAUAUAUUCUUGGUUUGACGCUUGUAUUGGAUACGUAUCUAUCACUGCCCAGUACACUGACCAGUGGGAAAAGUGGUGGCGAAAUCCCGAAGAUGUUCAACUAUAUCAGUUUAUCGGCAAAGAUAAUGUUGUCUUCCACUCCGUGAUAUUCCCUGGCUCACAAAUAGGCACCGGAGAUACCUGGACGAAACUUCAUCACCUGUCCACGACAGAUUACCUUACUUACGAGGGUGGGAAAUUUUCUAAAUCUCGCGGCAUUGGUGUUUUCGGAGAUUCAGCUCAAAAAACUGGGAUUCCCGCUGACAUCUGGCGCUGCUUCUUGCUUUCCCACCGCCCAGAGGCUGGCGACAGUGAGUUUACUUGGGACGCAUUUAUUAAUUGCAAUAAUAACUUGCUCCUAAAAAAUUUCGGCAAUUUUGUCAAUCGUGUUCUGAAAUUUGUUAACUCUCGUCACUACAAUAACAUUGUACCGAACUGGGCCGAAUACCGCGAAGACUCCUUCGACACCUUUAAGAAGGAGAUCAACAAGCUUCUCUCGCAGUAUAUCCAGGAACUCGAUACUGUCAAGAUUCGCUCCGCCUGGUCAAUAGUUCUCCAGAUUUCUCAACAGGGUAACGGCUUCCUACAAUUGAAUAAACUUGACAAUAAUCUUGCCGAAAAUGAGCCGUUUAGAUGUGCAGCAGUUAUUGGUAUAGCCAUCAAUAUGGUCCACCUUCUUGCGUCUAUCAUUGCCCCAUAUAUGCCGGACACAGCAAAGUCCAUCAACUCGCAACUCCGUGCGGAUCCACUUCCUAUCCCAGAUCACUGGAAUGCGGACUCUAUAAAGCCGGGCCAUGAAAUUGGCAAGUCAGAACACUUGUUUAGUCGCAUUAAUCCCGAAAAGGCAGAGGAAUGGCGAGAGAAAUUUGGUAGCGACGAGGUGAAAAAACUCAAGGAGGAAGAGGUUGCAGUAAGAGCAAAAAAGGCGGCUAUGAAGGUUGGGAAGGCAGGCUUUCUUACUAUCGGGCAAAAAUGGCACAGGCCAGGGGGUGUCCAGUUGAUCUAA